ACCACCUACCAGUUGUCGGGGUUUAGGGUGCGUUCAAGCUUACACAACAAAAACACACUUAAGCUUUAAGUUGAAACCUUUGUGUCCACAGUUAACUUUUGUUGCACGAGGUCACGCAUAACGCCAUAUCCUGAAAACAUCUGUUACAUAUGAUUAAUAUUUCUGAUGUUGAAUACAAUGCAUUAUCAGUUUUAUCAUUUUUAUGUUUUGCUCAUGACAAAAUGAUGAAAGUGGUUUUAAAAACCGCACUUUGGGUUCACUUAAACGUUCUUCAAUAGAAAGUUAUGCACGUAAUGUAUAUAAGUUUAAGUCCCGCAUUUUGGUAUAGAUACCACUAGUUAGAGUAGGUGUAAAGUAAGUCAUAGGCAAAGUGUUGGCUGCAAGGUUCAAAAGAUCCGCCAGGAGUCCCCACAAACCGACCGGACAAGUUGUGCAACAAAGAAAUAGCCCCAGGCUAUUAAAUGGUAUCAUCAUUAUCUUUAUGUGCAUACGUAAUACUCAGGUGGUGUCUAGCAACAGGGAGGGCACACAGCAUAUAAGUACGUGUACAAAAUUACUGGUCCUGAAGACUAUAUAUUUCCUUACGGAUACAAGGAUAGGACAACGAGCAGCACUCUAUUCAAGACAGAAGUUACAAGAAGUAGUGACGGUGUUUCGACUUGCUAGUCACCAGUUUGAUCCUGUCUGAUCUACAUGUACUUAUACUGUCACACUUCCAGCUCUACAGAACGGACGGCUUACUACUAUUAUUCAUGAUCUACAAUAUCCUGUUUGCUCGUAUAUCCUGGGGCCACUGACAGCGUACAUCGGCCAUUGCCCGUUUGCUGUAUGCACUAAGGACGGAGCUCCAGAUCUAGAGAGCCGACUAUAUAAAUACAAUCAGCUGGCAUCGGAAACCAGAUAACCUAUGGCAAUGGCCAGCAGUCAGCAGUUCCCAACAGACGGGAGUGUCCGUCCCGGGGAAGUUGACCAGCUCACCAUCUCUGAGGAUCACCUGUCCCGGGACGAGCUAGACGAACUGGCGCGAAUCCGCGAUGAGGACGGUGACACCCCGGACUUCGAGAAAAUCGCCCACAGGAUGACACUCAAGCUGCAAGACGCGGAGCACGCCACCGUGAACAUCGGCAUCGUCGGGGAAGCAGGGGCGGGGAAGAGCACGUUUAUAAACUCGUUCCGCGGGAUAAAGCCUGGUGAGGAGGGCGCGGCAGAAGUCUCGGCUAUCCGCCACACCACCAACGCAGUCACGCGGUACCCUGUACCGGACAACAAAAACAUCGUCCUCGUCGACUUUCCCGGAGUCAUCUUUCGGAACACCAGAACUGAUGUGGUGGAGGAGUUUAACACGGAGAGCUACCUCGGACUCUACCGAGCAGACAUGGAGGAAUGCGACGUCUUCCUGGUCUUCGUGACAUGUCGAGUGAGCAACAACAUCAUCUGGAUUGCCAACGAAGUCAGAAAGAUGAAGAAAAGCGUUCUUUUCGUGAGGUCGAAAUUUGACGUUGACUUGGCAAAUGAGAGUAGAGACAACCGCAGACGUUUUCCUAACGGUACGUCCACAACUACUGCAGAGGUGCAGCGUUUUCAAGAAGAGUUGCGUAAGGUUACGAAGAAGGAGCUGGAGAGGCUUAGCUACACGGAGGUGAAGGAGAACAUGGUGUUUGUAAUAUGCGGACUGUCGGAAGAGGUCGCUUCUGGUACAUACGACAUGACCAGUCUCCGUAAGGCUAUCUACAACACGCUGACGGCGGACAAGAAGGGAGUACUCAUUAACGGUUUGGUGGAGUUUGCUACAGACAUGGUACAUGAUAAAGCGGAGUAUCUGAGAUCGCGGGAGGUUAUAGCAGCGGCCGUAGCUAACACAGUCAUCAGCGCAACACCCAUACCGGGCCUGGGCUUAGCUCUAGAUAUCGGAAUACUUGUGGGAGGAUAUCACCGUUCCAAGAGAGCCCUGUGCCUUAACGACAACUCCCUCAGGCAGCUAGCGGCAGUGGGAAACAAAGACUUCGAAAGUCUCAAGAAGUUUGUCGACAGAAGGUUGGUCCUGGGCGAAAAGAUCAAGAACGCGUCCGGGCCGGUGGCGAUUCGCACGAUCAUCGGUUUGGCAGCGUCGGGUGUUACCCUGGGUGCCCUGGCGUUCACCAGUCUGGCCAUGAGAGUUGCCCUUCCAGUUGUAGGCGGGAUCAUAGCGGCACCGGCCUCGGCCGCACUGGUGGUGUACAUCAUGCGGAAAAUGAUCAACGAAAUGGAGGCGUGUGCCAUCGAGCUUCACGAGUAUGCGUUUGGUGAAGAACCGAGUCCAGCCAACAUCGGGAUGGUAGGUAAAGACUGUCCCGGCAGAACAGAGUUCCUGAACGCCAUCCGUGGCAUCCGCAGUAACGAUCUAAAACCCCCCAUCCCAGAGAAAAGCUCCAAAAAGCUUAAAGAGCACGAAUCUUCGGAAAACCUGGUCUUCGUGGAGUUCCCCAGCCCGCAGGUGAAGAAGUCGUUUUUUCGAGACACAAUAGACGAGGAUGGGUACAGGAAGAACUACGGGGACGACUUGAAACUGUGCGACGUCUGCUUGGUUUUCGUCGACAAAGAUGUCACCGCCGAAACGGUCGCCGUAGCAAAGAUCGCACAGGAGAGGACUAAAGUGCUGUUCGUAAGGCUAAAUGAGUUCCAUCCUUCAGCAAACCAGAGUGGAGCAAGUGUGAUCAACGCUUUUCGGAAGCAGCUAGAAAAAGUCAAGUUGGGUGACAUAGACAUGUCUGAUGUCUUCAUCAUCAGCCCCGAGUAUGACGCCGUGACUCAAGACAUCGGAGAAACUCCUGCUCUGAGACGGGCCAUCUUCAAGGAGCUCCAGGACGUUGAUAAGACAGACAGGUGAGUUGUUUACUUGUAAACCAGGUGUUGCUGUAAGACUUAAAAGCAUCUACUACACUCAAAGACAUUGUUGACA